AUGCCACCACGACUCCCAUUCCGGCUGGCCGUACCGGGCGCCGGCAUUGACACAUUCUUGUCAAAUUCGUCCACCUCCAUCCCAUCCUUCCUCCUCCCCUUCCUCCACGUUCAAUCCCGACAAGCAUCGAUUUUGAGCGAGCUCUCCGAUCGCCCAGGCGCAUACAACCGACGCAUCCGACGAGGGCGUGGUCCAGCUUCAGGUCACGGUGGCAAGUCAGGUCGCGGUUCCGACGGCCAGAAACAGCAUGGCAAAGUGCCUGAAGGCUUCAACGGAGGUCAAACGCCCGAACAUAUUGUUCACGGCAAAUAUGGCUUCGUCAAUCUCCACGCCACGGAGAUGACACCGGUCAAUCUGAACAAAAUCCAAAGCUGGAUCGACCAGAAACGUCUCGACCCAAGCCGGCCCAUUACAUUUUUGGAACUCUGCCGAUCAGGCCUCAUCAGCCGGCCGAAAGAUGGAGUGAAGCUUCUCGCCGACGGGGCCGGCGAGCUCAAGACGCCGAUCCACAUCGUCGUUUCCAGGGCGUCACAGUCGGCCAUCGCAGCCGUCGAAGCACUAGGUGGCAGCGUGACGACCCGCUUCUAUACGGAACAAGCCAUUCGACGGAUCAAAAAGGGUGAAAUGCACCCUUUUGUGUCGCUGCGCUGGGACCCUGAGGCUCUCAACAAGCCUGCUCUGCUUGCCGCGGGCGGUCAGACGCUUGAGGAGCGGGUGGCCGGCAUGGGAUAUGAGUACAGGCUCCCUGACCCGACGUCGCGAAAGGAUAUUGAGUAUUACCGAGAUGCAAAGAAUAGAGGCUAUCUGAGCCACACGGUCAAGGAGGGUGAAGGACCAAGUUUGUACUUUAAGCCUCCGAUCAGCGAGGAGCAGUUGAAGGAAUUGAAGAAGGCACGCGCACGGAGUGGCACUGCCAAAGCGAAGGAGGAGAACAAGUUGUGGUAA